AGUUACACACUCCUAGGGUUUCAUGUAAGUAGAGAGUCAUUGUGUCAUCUGUUUUUGUUGUAGAGCCAUUCUGUUGCGGUAGGUUCAAUCAUCACUUGCUGCUAAUAAACAGAUAAGCAAGACUUUUGCUGCUGCUGUCAUGAAGUGCUGUUUCUGUAAGCUGCGUACCCAUCAGUGGUGCUUCCUCCUGUUCAACAUCUUGCUGUUCCAUGCACUGCUAUUCGGGGCAGAUUUUGUUGAGGAAUACAUCCUUCAGCCUACCCCUGUGGUUUACACUGAUGUUAUGGUUGCUGACGUGAGGGAGAAAGCAAGGAAACUGGACUUGAGCACCAUAACAGAGAAUGUGUCCCAAGCUUAUCCAAUUUCUAAUUCAGAAACCUGCAAAAACUCCGACCUAUUCCUCCUCGCUCUGGUCUUCAGCUCUCCUGCUAAUAUCACCCAAAGAGAUGCAGUGAGGCGAACUUGGGCAAACAGAACACAAAUUCAAGGUUUUCCUGUUAAGAUACUCUUCUUCACAGUAUCGACUCAGUCUUUUACCACACAACAGGAUCUCUUGAGAGAGUCUGAGCUUCAUAGCGAUUUGAUCCAAAGCCAUGCUGUAGAUGAGUCAUCCCUCUAUGGAGCGAAGGAUAAAACAUUGCUGGCUCUUCACUGGGUUAUCAGAUUCUGUUCUCUUGCACGUUUAGUUCUGUUCACUGAAGACUCCGUGUUCAUUAACCUACCUGCCAUUGGAAGAUACCUGCUGGGCCUUCACAGACAUCCAGAGGACCUGUAUCUAGGCAGAGUAAUCCAGAAGGAGUUCCCUGACAGGGACCCCAACAGUCCACGUUACCUUCCCCGCACUCUCUACCCAGACAAAUAUCUACCAGAAUACUGUGAAGGAACUGCUUACGUACUGUCGCAAGAUGUGAUCCGUAAAAUCUACGUUGCAUCCUCAUCAGUCUUUGCAGCCCUCCCGGUUGACGUUUUUGUAGGUCUCUGUGCAAAGAAAGCUGGUGUCACGCCAACCCACAGUUCCCGGUUCUCAGGAGACAGACAUAUCCACUACAAUGCCUGCUGCUACAGACACCUGUUCAGUUCUGCAGGGAUGGGGAGCCAGGAGUUAGAAAGGCUGUGGGAAGACCUCGAACAGAAAGGUGGAAGAUGUUCGUUGCUAAAGAUCUACUAUGGCCUUGUGACCUGCAAAGUUCGCACAUAUCUGGAUACAUUUUUAUUAGACAACUCAAAGAAGGAAACUUAAUUGUGUUAACCGGUUAAAUCUUUUUUUUUUUUACUGUUACUAUUAGUUUUUGUAGAAAUCCUAAGUAUUACAACAAACAUCAAAAUAAGCUUGACUGUAGCCUUGACAUCUAAAACAACUGUUAUCUGAAUAAUAGAUUUCCUUGAACAAAAUAGAAGGAAUCUAGUUAUUAAGCAUCUUCAGACAAUCUAAAACUUGAUGGUGCUGU